CUUACCGUGAGUGGGGUAACAAUCCUCGUCGGCCGUUCCUCAGCCAUUAGUUCACUGGCAGCGGAAUCAUAUCCAGGAUAUUAAGGACUUCACCAGCCCCUGGACUAUGGGAAGGAAGUACCUGGAUAAGACUGCAUCGCCGCCCAACGUACAGCUGCUGCUAUCACAAAUGGAACAAAAACAUCUGCUCGAACUGGCACAACGGGGAGAACAACAAGUAAUGCCCCACCCCAACGACGUCCAUGUUCCACAGACAGCUAUACCGACGCCGCCUAUGCAAUUUCGUCAUUCUGAUGUCCAGAUUCCUGGUGAUGAUGAUCGUGGGCCUGGUAAUCGACGCCCGAGGGGCGGUAACGCUCAGUUUGCUUUAGGGACACCGGAUGCCACGAGCACAACCCCUACAUGUAUAGCACGGCCCUACCAACCGUUUUGGCAACCACCGGCUCCAGAAGCCCAUGAACGACAACACGACCCUGAAGAUCUCACUUCUGGAGGUGUGGAGCCAUCGAACCCGUUCCCUCCUCAUCUAGCUAGAUCAUACGGUGAUCCCCAAAUGGUUCCUGGAUUAACGAUGACAUCCCCUAGCGCUCUCCCCUUACCUGCUACGCCUGCUCCCGGAAGCCACCAGCGCCAUCAUAUACGCUACGCUGCUACUCGGACAGAGGCUUUCAACCCACCUCCCGCGACGCAGCUGACCUGGCAAUCCCCCUCUACGACCGCUCCUUUCCCUACUUGUCCUUUUUCUCCUGGCUCCACGCACACGCACCACUGGCACCAGUACCAUUCUGUCCAGCCCCCGAGCCAAACAGCAACGUACAAGGAGGGUGAAGCUGGCCCUGGUCCUUCAACCCAAGCUAACCCCCGUCAUCGGCGCCAUGAACAGUAUCGUUAUCUAUGAACGUUACUACACUUUCAUCAUUGUCGAGGACAUCCCUGAUCUACUGUUUCGGUGGCUUCAUCUCUAUUUUACAUUCGUUUGGCCGGUAGUCCCACUUUUUUCCGUACUCCAGUAAAGCUAACCGUAGUAUACCGUCACUCAAUCCUCGUUAGUUCUGGGUGCCCUGCAUAUCGAGCGUGACUCCGGCCCAUGUAACUUCCCUUAUUAUGAUUCCUGCUUCGGUUUUUGACUUAGGACUCCCAACGCGCCGCGAUCCCUAACAGCCACUGCACUAUUUUGACGAACACUUCCCGAUAGUGCGACUUGGUACGCUGUUGCGGCACUAUCCAUGAUGAUCUUUCAUGGAAAAACUGUUCGGGGUUAUGUUGUACACAUUCUGUUCCACUACUUUCACUUAUGUUAUCCUUUCUUCAUGUCCUCGGGC